AUGAUUGGUAUUCUCUUGGCUAUUGUUAAAUUAGGAGUUACCUCUUUAGUGGGCACUUGUAAUCAAUGUUUUGCUAGCAAUAAUAUUGCCUGUUUAGAUGAAACACAUUUUGCCACUUGUUUCCAAGGUUCACCCACUUCGACCAUAACAAAAUGCCCAAACAAUCGCUUUUGUACGGAUGAUGUUCUUAUAUGUCAUUCCACACCGGAGGGUUUUUCACCUAUUUGUCAUCAUGAUAACUGUAAUGAUUGUGAGGCUACUAAUGGAAUUUUUUCUUGUCUAGAUGAGACUACUUAUGGUUAUUGUUUUGGUGGUAAUACUCCGCUAAAGGGUACUUUACGUUCGUGUCCAAAGGGUUAUGUUUGUAAUUUUAAUUUUCGCGAAGUUUGUGUACCGAUGGAGACACAUGAGCAUCAGCCAUCUUGCGCACUUAAUACACCUUCAACAACUCCAACCACAACAAUUACAACAGAAAUCAGUACAAUACCCAUCGAGUCCACAACAGACACAACUACAAAUGAUCAGACAUCAACUACAACAGAAAUAACCACGGACUCAACAACGGAAAUAACCACAGAAUCUACAAACCUACCCACAACGCAGGAAACGGAAUCUACAACAGAAACAACAACUGAACUAAGCACAACAUCUACAAGCUCGAACCCGCCAACUACGAUAAAACCACGUGAUCCCAAUACAAUUUGUGGAGAGAUUGGAAAAACGGGUUAUUUUAAAUCGGACGAUCCGACAUGUCAAGAAUAUGUCUACUGUUAUCUUUUAUCGGGACAAUAUUUGGGUUGGGUUUACUAUUGUGAUGGUUACUUUAAUGCCGCUACGCAAAAGUGUCAAAAAACAAGACCUUUAGAUUGUAUUGCUUAUUAAAGUUGACUGAUU